AUGGUCCCUUGCGAUGAACAAGAGCAGGACCGCCUUGAUUUCCUCCACAAGGCUUUUUCUCUAGCAAUAAGGUCAAACCGUCUGAUCCACGUCCCCCACCCUACCAGUGCCAAGAUCCUAGAUCUCGGAUGUGGAACGGGGCUCUGGGCCAUCGACCUGGCAGAGAGGAACCCAGGUGCAUCCGUUGUGGGCGUAGAUCUUUCUCCCAUCCAACCGUCUAACCAUCCACUGAAUUGUCAAUUUUAUGCUCCCUUCGACUUCGAGAGUCCAUGGCACUUGGGAGAAGACUACUGGGAUGUUAUACAUCUCCGGAUGGGCUGCGGCAGCGUGGCCAGCUGGCACAGUCUCUACCGCAGAGUGCUUGCUCAUCUUCGUCGUGGCGCUUGGUUCGAACAAGUAGAGAUCGAUUUUGAGCCCCGGUGUGCCAAUUGGGCGCUCAAGGAGUCUCACCUACAGUACUGGUAUCAAAAUCUUAAGCUAGCUACGGAGCAGAGUAUGCGACCACUUGCUCAUCGCAGUGAAGAAACAUUGAAUAAGUUGCAGGAAGUUGGAUUUACAGAAAUCCGCCAUCAUCAAAUUAGACUGCCUCUCAGCCCGUGGCAUCAGGGUGACCAAGAGCGGCUGGUUGGCCGUUGGUACGGUUUGGCGUUUUUACAGAGCAUGGAGUCCCUAAGUCUUGCACCUUUCAGCCGCAUCCUAGGCUGGUCGCCCGAUAGGAUUCAUCAACUCCUCUUCAAUGCAAAGUCUGAGGCAUUUAAUAAUCAGACACAAGGAUUUCACAUUUUAAACAUAUACCAGGCACGAAAACCUACCUCUGAAUAA